UUUCGUAAUAUACUAAUAUGCAUUGAUAGGUGUUGCCCUAAAUUCGGUCGCUGUCUAUAUAGUCGGUGACUCUGUGCGGUCAUGUAAAAAUGAUUUUUGUUUUUGUUUGUUUCUUUUUCUUGUCGAAAUUUAAAUUUUGUUCGAUAUACUAUUGCAAUAUGUACUUGGUAAAUUUAGAUAAUUUUCUAAAAUUAUUGGUAUCAAAAUAUUAUGAUGUAUAUAGUCUCGCAUAAUCCUAAGUGAAACUUCUUCUUCGAAUAAUUAAAAGUUCAAGGAGUUAAUCAAAAAAGGUAACGAGUAAUCCUAGCUGUCUACACGUGGCCAUCGCUGACCUGGCAAAGAAAAAGCGACCAAUGGGAGAGACUAAAACCAAAAAACAACAAAUUUGAAUAAAGAAGAAAACGUCACAGUGGGACCCAUAAAUUUAAACAAAAAAAAAAAAACACACACGACGCCUCACGAACAAACGGCUUAAAACACGCCACGUGUCUACGUACGCGAUCUUAGCCAUCCGUGGCAGAUUUCCCGGGCAGCAGAAUCUGAACCGUCAGAUCCAAAUUAAACGGUUAGAUUGGAACGAAGGUCAGAUUCCAAAGGCCUUUAAGAAGAGAUGGUGCCUCCCAUCUUUUUCCUCAUCCCAGUCAUCUCAAAACCCCUCCUCCUCUCAUCCUCCCUCAAGCUCUCAAAAUUUUUUUUAUUAUCCGAUCGCCGGAAUAUUAACCGGUGACGUAAUUUUCCCGCCCUUUUUUUGGAGGCUAAAACUUUUCUUAAAAAAAAAAAACAAAAAAAGCUGGAGAUUCUAUAAGAGCGAGAACGAACCUCCCCGCGAAAUGACCCUGAGACCAUCGCGAUUCGCAUGGCACCAGCUGUUUUGUCUACCUUAAACGAACCGUCCUUCCAUGGACAAUGCGGCGCCGUUUUUAUGAGGAAAUUUACAAAACAAUCCGUCGCCGAGAACAGCACUACCCCUCUUCCUCCCCUCUUCACCCCUAACCCUAAUUUCGAUUCGAGCAAUCCGUCUAAUUACGGAGGCUACGCUACUUUUAACCUCGCUGGGUACAACUCGAGUCAGCUCAGGGAGCUGAAGAAGCGCUUUACCUCUGAGCUCGAGCAGAUUCGGAUCCUCAGGGAACGGAUCGAGUCGGGAACGUUCGAGUCUCAGCAAGUUCGAGUUGAAUCGAAGAAGCAGAAACCGAAGAAGCGAUGCAAUCCGUUCGCUUCCGAAGAGACUCCUUCGAACCCGGAGUCGGAGAGAGUGUUGGCGGCUAUGUUGAAUACUUGCGGUCAGAUGUUGGUUAAGCUGAUGAAGCACAAAUGGGCCUGGGUGUUUAACACGCCCGUCGAUGUGGUUGGUUUGGGGCUUCAUGACUACCAUCUCAUCGUGAAGAAGCCCAUGGAUCUGGGCACGGUUAAGCUGAAUCUCGAAAAGGGCUUUUACAUUUCGCCGCUUGAUUUCGCGACGGAUGUUAGAUUGACGUUCAGGAAUGCGAUGGCGUAUAACCCCAAGGGGCAAGAUGUGUACUUUAUGGCUGAGAAGCUUCUUCAUCAGUUUGAUGUGAUGUUUAAUCCUGCUUUCAAGAAAUUUGAAGCUCAGCUAGUGAAGCUCACUGGCUCAACGUCUCGUUCUGAGCCUGUGGUGAAGCAAAGACAGUGGAGUCAGAGUCCAGUGGAGGCGAAUGUGAGGAGAGGAACUGAACAGAUCUCAAUUGCGAAGAAGUUGGAUUCAGUGAAGCCCUUACAACCUACAUUGUCUCCUCCUCAAGUAGUUGAGCCGCCACGGGAGCGAACUCCUUCACCUUCUCCUCCUCCGGCUGUUCAGCCUCAGCCUCAGCCGGUUAGUGAAGUGGAAGCACCUCCAGAUGUGAGUGAAGUAACCAAAGGGAGGAAAGGGAAGUUGCCGAAGCCUAAGGCUAAGGAUCCUAACAAAAGGCUGAUGACAAUGGAGGAGAAGUCAAAGCUUGGUAUGAAUCUACAAGACUUGCCUCCCGAGAAGCUUGGACAGUUGGUUCAGAUUCUUAGGAAGAGGAACGGUCAUUUGGCUCAGGAUGGUGAUGAGAUAGAGCUGGAUAUUGAAGCUGUAGACAAUGAGACUCUGUGGGAGCUUGAUCGUUUCGUGACUAAUUACAAGAAGAUGGCUAGCAAAAUCAAGCGCCAAGGGUUUAUCCAUAACGUGUCAACUCCUCCAGCUGCUAGACACAUGGCUUCGGAGGCAGAAAUGGGUAGUGCGGAGAAGAGAACGAGGAAAGGGGAUGCAGGGGAAGAGGAUGUAGACAUUGGAGAAGACAUACCAAUCGAAGAUUACCCAUCUGUUGAGAUCGAAAGAGAUGGUACUGCAGUAGCAGUAGCUGCUAGUAGCGGGUCUAGCUCUUCAGGCAGCUCUAGUUCUAGUAGCGGUUCUUCCUCUAGUGAUUCAGGGUCAGGCGGGAGUUCAUCAGGUAGUGAUUCUGAUGCAGAUAGUGUUCAAUCGCCAUUUGUGGAAGCAAAAGAAGCUUAAGGAUAGUCUAUUGUUCGGCCUUCAAGCUCCAAGAGAGGUGGAAGCGUGGGUGUAAAGGGAGGAAACCUUAGGAAGCAGUAGUAGUUAGAGAAGAAGAUGGUAUGGUUAGAUAGAGAGAAAAGAUAGUUUGAUGGAGAGGAGUUCGUUAUUUAAUUCACCUUUUAGAUUUAGAAAGUUGUUUAAUUGUAUUUGUGAGAUGAUGAACAGGGAAGGUGAAUCUAGGAGAAAGAAUCAACGCAAUGUAGUGUUGGAACUAUUUUUUGAACAUUAUGAAUAAUGUAUUCAUAUGUCAAAAAAAAAGUUUUAUUUGAAUGAGAAAUGGAGGUCUAAUGUGUGUGA